AGUUUCUGGCAACAAAACAUUAAAACACGUUUUUGUUUGUUGAUGUUGGGUUGUUUUAUAAAACUUGCUUAAUUUUAAAAAUAUUAACUAUACACAAUCUUGUUGUUCCGAUUAAUAAAUCAACACAUGCUUGUUCUUUUGACGAAAUAAACGUCCUGCUAACAUUUUGCUUUUUAGGGAAAUUUAUCUUUUUUAAAUAUGCGAAUGAGAUUACAUCGCAUAAAUUUCUUUGAGCCUACACCUAAGGCUGUCCGAUGCUUGUGUUACGAUGAGUCUAUAUAUCGUUUAGCUGUACUGAGAGCUGAUUAUGCAAUUGAAAUCUGGGAUAUGAAAGAAACCCCAUAUCUGGAAAAGGUAAUUCAAGGAGAUGACAGUAUUUCAGUGGAAGCUUUGUCUUGGUGUAAUGGUCGUUUGUUUUCUGGUGGGCUGCAUGGCUAUGUCUUAGAGUAUGAUAUGAAUGAUCUACAAUCAAAAAAUCAACUUCUUGUAACUUCUGGAUGUCCUAUAUGGUGCAUGGCUGUCAAUGAAAAAAGGACUCAUUUAGCAGUAGGCAAUGAAGAUGGUCAUUUGAAUUUACUUGAUGUAUCAUCUGAAGAAAUUUAUUUUGACAGAAAAUUUGAUAAUCAAGAGGGUGCUAUUCUUUGUCUAAGCUGGCAUAAAGAUGGGCUUGUCAUUGCUACUGGUUCUCUUGAUGCUAUAAGAACAUGGGAUGUUUAUACUGGUCAUGUGAUCAAUCGCAUCAUGUUAAGUAGAGCAGCAAAAAAUACCCCAACAGUUGUUUGGUGCAUUGCUAUUUUGAGAGACAUGACCCUUGUCAGUGGAGAUUCUAGUGGCAAGUUGUGUUUUUGGGAUGGUAACACAGGAACUCUAAUCUCAAGUGCUGGUUCCAAAAAGGGUGAUAUUUUAGCUAUUGCUGUAAGCAAGAAUGAAAAAGAGAUAUAUGCUAGUGGUGUGGAACCUAUCAUAAUGAAUUACUUGAAAUCUCAAUCUAAUGGCUUAUGGAUGAAAAGUGUUCAAAGGCUUGUGCAUACACAUGAUGUUCGGAGCUUGCAAUUAGUGGGGAAUCUAUUGGUUUCAGGAGGUGAUGACUGUAACCUGGUCUGCACUAAAUAUCCACCUAAAACAGUCCUAACAUUCUAUCCUUAUUGCCAGAAAACAUAUGCUUCUGUUGCUGUUGAAGCAUCCUGUAUUCUUCUUCAGUACCAAGAACAUGUUGAGUUGUGGAAAAUUGGUGAUGAAAAGGAUCCAUUUAAUUUACUUAGAAUCGCACCUACAGAAGAUGAAUCUAUUUUAUGCAGUAGUGUGUCAUCAAAUGCAAAGUUCAUAGCUUAUUCAACUGCUCUUAAACUACGAUUAUUCUGUCUUGAAUUGAAUCCAGGUAGUGAUGAGAAAAUUCUAUCAGAAGAAAGUUUGUCUAAAGUUGAACUACCUGCUGAUCUACCCUCUGUGAGAAGUCUUUUAUUUAAUAAAGAUUCAACUAAAUUGUUUUGUUUAGUAGAUAACGCAGUAACUGUAUUAGAUUGUUGUCUUGGAUCUGCUAAAAUUGCAGCCACAUUAACGUUGACAGAUUCUGUUGGUCAGAUUCAAUUAAUGACUCUGAGUAGUGAUGAUGCUUAUCUAGCUUGUGGUAGCCAUGAAGGAAAUGUUAUUGUCUAUAGUUUAACUAAUUUGGCGGUACAUUGUCAUUUACCUCAUUACAAAUGCCAACCUUCAGCUUUAAUAUUUGAACCUUUAUCAGAGAAUUUAAUUGUUGCCUAUACUGACCGAAAGGUAGUAGAAUAUAAUUUUCUAAAACUAGCUUACACACCAUGGAGCAAGUCAAGUAUGCUCCAAGAUUUAAAAGAAGCUACUCUUUAUCCUAUUACCUCAAUGUGCAUCUCUUCAGAUAAACUGUUUCUAUUAGAUGGAAGUGCAAUCUAUGUGAUUGAUAAGACUCAACAGGUGACACCUGCUAAAAAGCGAAUUAAGCAAUCUGAAAAGUCAGAGACAGCAUUAACUGAUGGUAGUUUUAAAACUAUAACAAAAUACGAGCACAUAUCAAGUAUACAUACAUUUAAAGAUGAGAUAAUCUUCGUACAAAUGCCAUCCGGCCAUAUUCUGAAUUCGCUGCCACCUCCCAUUUGGAAGAAGGUGUAUGGAACAUAGUGUAAAUAAAAUAAUAGUUUUAAUAAAUUUGUUUUAUUCUUUUUUAA